AAAUAAAUCAAACUGCAGUCCCUUGUGUGUCUCUCUAUCUUCAAAUCUCUUGUUGUUUUCUAGAGAGAGAAAGCUUUUAAAGUUACACUAAUGGCUUUAUUAUCCUUCUUAGGGAGAGUUCUAUUUGUAUCAGUCUUUGUUCUCUCUGCUUAUCAAGAGUUCAGUGAAUUUGGGGUUGAUGGUGGGUCAGCAGCAAAAGCACUAAAACCUAAGUUCGAUGUUUUGUCAAAGCAUGUUGCCACACAUACUGGACUUCAAGUACCACAUGUAGAGAUGAAACAUCUAGUGUUCGGGGCCUUAAUCAUGAAGGGUCUUGGAAGCCUUCUCUUUGUCUUUGGUAGCUCUCUUGGAGCUAUCAUCCUGGUUCUGUAUCAGGCCAUUGCUACUCCCGUUUUGUAUGACUUCUACAACUACGAUGUCGACAAGAAAGAGUUUGCUCAACUUAUUGUCAAGUUUACUCAGAGCUUGGCACUCCUCGGCGCAUUGCUCUUUUUCAUUGGCAUGAAGAACUCGAUGCCCAAGAGAUCUCCCCCGAAGAAGAAAGCCCACAAGACAAAAACAGUUUAAGGGAUGAGAUAUUGAGAGAUCGGUUCAAUUUUGUUGCGAUUAAUUCACAGCACGCCAUAGUCCUUGAAGAGUUUCUUGUAAGCAUUGUAUUUUGCAGUUCUAUUUUGGUCAAGUUUCCCAACUUUUGUAGCUCGUUUUUGUUUUCUUGUUUUUUUUUGUGGCUGGAAAUUUCACUCUUUAAAUGUAUUUUAGACAUCAAUAGUACCAAAAAAAGGAGAGGAAUAUGAAGUUGAUAACUCUUACAUUUA